AUGUUGUGCUUAUUAACUUUGUGCCCGGUUUUGCUCGUGGCAGUGCAAACGUUGACUAUUGAUUCGCAGCUGGGUACGUCUAUAGAAGUCCCUACUUUCAGAGUCGGAGCCAAAGGGAACGCUACGUGCAAUCUCAGUAAUAUCAGUGAAAAGGAACUCAAAGAAAGAAAUCUUCUGAUGCGCCAUCCCGAUUAUGAUGUCUACGUCAGAAGGUUCCAAUGUGAACAAGCACCACCUUCACCUCUCCAACCACAAUUCGAUGACCCUGGCGAUGGUCCAGUUCACAGACCUGUUUUCAGACCUGAUGAGGAAGAUAGACGACCUUUAGACGACUAUCUAAGCGAUUCGCGCCCAUUCGAGUCCAUUAGACCAGAUUUAAUCAAACCAAUACCACCGUAUAGACCUCCAUAUCACAACCAUUUAGACAACGAUCGGCCAGAUGAUUACAAUAGCCAAAAACCGGUAUUCGAUGAUCCACCGAGCUAUGGAUCUCAUAAACCUAUAGAUAUACCAUAUAAGCCUCAGCCUCAAAAACCGAACCCUAUUGAAUCAUAUAGACCAGACCCAUAUGACGAACUGAAUUUCCAAGGACCAUAUAAACCAACUAGACCUUUAAAUCAAGGUUAUUGGAGACCAAAUACGCAUCAUAAUACUUUUGACACUUAUGGCUUAGAGAAACCUACAUAUCAAUAUUUUGUCAGACCAAAUCGCAAACCUAGACCACACGACUCAGAAUAUGACAAAUUUGGUUAUCCUACAAAACCAGACCCUUAUGGUGUAAGUCGUCCUAUAUAUCCUAAUGGACCACAAGAUUAUAGACCCAAUCCAUCCAGGCCAUAUGAUAAGCCGAGCUACAAUUAUAACAGUCAAUACGCGAGUAAUUAUGGUCAAUCAAACUAUCAAGAUAACUCGGUAUAUGUGGAGAUUUAUGAUCCACCGCGACCUUAUAAGCCACCUAAGAAACCUCAAAAUGAUAAACCUAAUUAUGGUACAUCCCAAGGAGGUUACGGCCAAAACUACGGUUAUGGAGAUCAAGGUGGGACUGGGUAUGGCAGCCACACCAGUCACAACUCUUUCACCCAAUCUCAAAGUUCACAUUACGGCCAGGGCACUAUCACAGAAAUUGUAAACCAUAACCGACCGAGUAACAAUGGUUAUGGACAAAGUUCCCCCUAUGGAGGGACUCCAAAUACAGGUUAUGGAAGUCAGUCCAAUAGCUACGGUUCCGAAAAGCCUGAAAUAAAUAAACCAUCUUAUCAAAACAGUCAGGGUUACUAUGGAAGUAGCCAAGCGUCCUAUGGUAGUACAAGCAGCGAAUCUUCGUACGGAAGUAGUCAUUCUCACAGUAGCAGCAAGCCUUCAUACAGUAGCCUUAGUAACAUUGGUUAUGAAACUAAUACACAUAAACCAAAUCAUGAUAUAAACUACGGUUCUUUUGAUGGUAACCAAGGUUAUGGAAGUCAAGGUAACUACGUCAGUAAGCCAUCCUAUACAGGUUACGCAGAACAGCACAACAGCCAAUCAUAUGGUGUAAGCCAAGGUAGUUAUGAAGUUAACAGACCAAUUUAUAACAAUAAUAAACCCGACUAUAAUCGUCCUGAUAAGCCACUAUACGACAGUUAUCGACCGAUUUAUGAAAACCACAGACCUUCAUAUAGCAUUGAUAAGCCUACAUACGGUAAUAGACCUUACGAUGAUGAUAGGCCGUCGUAUGGUAAUGAGAGACCUUCAUAUGGAAAUAAACCUAUAAAUGAUAAACCUGCAUAUGGCAGCGACAGGCCUUUUGGGAACAAACCUUCAUAUGAAAAUGAUAGUCCAAGUUAUGGCAAUAAUAAACCUUCUUAUGGUAAUGAUAGGCCCUCAUAUGGUGGUAAACCUGUCAAAGACAAGCCAGCAUAUGACCAUAGGCCUUCUUACGGUAGCAAGCCUGUCAAUGAUAAACCAGCAUAUGACAAUAGGCCUUCUUAUGGAAAUAAGCCUGUAAAUGAUAAACCAGCAUAUGACAAUAGGCCUUCUUAUGGAAAUAAGCCUGUCAAUGAUAAACCUGCAUAUGACGAUACGCCUUCUUAUGGAAAUGAACCAGUCAAUAAUAAACCAACAUAUGACGACAGACCUUCAUAUGGAGGCAAACCUGUCAAUAAUAAGCCAAUAAAUAACGAUAGGCCCUCAUACGGGAACGAUGGGCCUUCUUAUGACAUUAACCGUCCUGACCCACCUUCUUAUAAUCGCCCUUCAGAUAUCGAAAGCUCUGGAUAUGGAUCGCAAAAUAAUGAAUCGCCGAAUGAUUAUAAGCAACAUAAACCUAACUAUGGAAGUCCUAAUCAAACUGAUUACAAUAGGCCUGAUGUUAAACCUGUAUUUGAAUAUGAGUUUGAGAAGCCUAACAAUGUCCCUAGUUACAUAGUUAGACCGGGUGGUGAAGUGGUAACUUCUAGGCCUGUGUCGGUAGGAGAUUAUGGAGGAAGACCGCCUUACGGACGUGAUCCAGGACACGGAGUCUCUUUCAAGGGUAAGUGAUAUUUAUUUUUGCUAUAGAUAUCUCACUAUGAGCUAUUAUUAUCUUUUUAACCCCCGACGAGAAGCGAAAAAGAGGGGUUUUAUAAGUUUGACACCUUUGUCUGUUUGUUUAUGUAUGUGUGUGGUUGUGUGUAUGUGUGUGUGUGUGUGUGUGUCUGUCGGGGUCCCAUGUUCCUUAGGGAAUUAGUUGGACACCUAUCCUUGUCCUUAUUCUCAGCAAACGCGAGCUCGCCUCUUGCGUGGGUCUUAAAAGAUAAAGUUGAACAAGUAAACAACAAGCUACUUUUUGGACAGAAGAUCAAAUAG